AGAUACACACCUACCAACAUGAACCGGGCUUCCUUUUUGGCGGGGCUGCUGGCCCUCCUUUACUUCAAAGUCUUUGAAGCCAAAAUCACUCGACCGGUGGAUGAGCCUUGGCCGAUGAAUGAGGGGUUGUUGAGCUUAAAACAGAAAUUCAAAUCAUCAUCCAGGUCCGGUUUUGGCUCGAGUUCUGGCGGACUAUGGGCGAAGAGCACUAACAGUAAGUUGGAUACGAGUCUUUGAAUAUAAUCAAGUAAGUAUGGGUGUGCUCCGGGUUGUGAUUGGACCUCUGUCAUGGGUCUUGCAGAAAUAAAGUUCCGAGUCAACAGGAUUUAUGAGAAAUCGAAUGCUCAAGUGUUGCCAAACAAGCUGGCACCUCCGACGACGGCAUGGAAGUACAAUACCAAGUCGCUCCAAGAGCUUGUUGGGCUCUUCGACGCCCAUCCAAGCACGGACCAGCCGGACGCUGAGCUGAGCAGGAAAAUCGGCCAGGUUCUAGGAGAGCUGAUCAGCAUCGAUCCGGUCAAGAUCAGUAGGAACAACGACAUUCUCCCGAACUCGAUUUCAGAAUAUGGCCAGGCGCUCUGCUACAUUUCUGGCACCGGCAAGCCCCCAAAGCAGUUGUCGGUUCUGCAAAUGGCCAUUCGCGAGAUCCUUGUCCAGCGGCUGAGUCUUUUCCCAUCAUCAGAACUCGGGAACAUGCAAGACCAAGGAGUCCUCCUUAAAUUGUUAUCUCCCUGGAUAACUCAUUAG